GCGCUCUCGGCCGAGACGACUGAGGUGGCCCGGCGUUGGUCUUGCGCGGCGGCAGGAAACAGCUGUGCCGACGGAUCCAUGGCUACCACUGCUGCAGAGCUGGCGGUCAAUCUUACUGCCAAUCUUCUCGCCCAAUCUAGCAAUAGCGUUGUCGCCAUCCGGAACAUGGAGUACGCGGUGGGCACCAUGGCGAUGCUGUUCUUGGCCGCUUACUACCGCGCCUACUCCGAGCUCUAUCAGCACUACAAGAAGAACCUGGCCACCUAUAGGCACCACCAUGACCGCAGGCACCGGUACUACGAGAUGAAACGCAUCUGCUACUACCUGCUUCCCCGGGAAAGUGGCGCCACCUAUCCGUCAUCACGGCUGAGCCCAGAUGCGCUCGACGAAAGCCUGUGCACGCACGUUGUGGUUGGCGCACUGGCAGUGUCACGUGAGGGACAAGUGGUGCCCAUGCUUGCAAAGCACGAGAACGUCAUCGCCAAGUUAGCGGCCACCAAGCUCAAGGUACUGCUCUCGGUGGGUGCGCGUGGUCCCGGAGCGCUGUCACACGUGGUCGCCCACAGGUGGACCAGACUGAAGUUCAUUCGGUCUGCGGUGCGCAUGGUGCGACGGUAUCACCUGAGUGGCAUCGACCUUGAGUGGGAGUUCCCGGAGUGGUUCAGCGGACACGUCGGUGACCGGUACCUGUUCAGGCUUCUCUUACAGGACUUCCGCACAUACAUGAACGAGACGAACAAGGCCUUCCUGCUGACUGCCAGUGUUUCCGCCGUUCCAGCGGUCACGGUAUCCGCCUACGACGUGCGGGGGCUGGCUAGGCACCUCGACUUCAUCAACUUGAUGGCGUACGACCUGGAUUUUUUCCACCGUUGGCGCCCAAACACCAGCCAUCACAGCCCCCUAUUUCCCAAGCUGCUUAACAAGCAAGAGGAACGAACAACGCACAGUGUGGUGUCGGCGGUGGAUCACUGGGCCGAACUGGGCCUGCCGCACGAGAAGAUGGUGCUCGGCAUUCCUCUCUAUGCCCGCAUCUACCGACUCGCGCAACCGUCUGAGAAUGGCUGGGGCAGCAGGGCGCUGGCACAAGCCGUCCUUCCUUUCAACAAGGUCUGCCAUAUAUUGAAGAGAGGGGCCGUGACCGUCAUGGACAAGACGGCCUAUGCCCCAUACGCAUACCUAGGGGAUAUCUGGAUCUCCUACGAAAACGUCGAGAGCACCGUGCUUAAGCAGUCGACCAAAGACUGA